AUGGAAGAUCUUAGUCCUAAAGAGCGGACUGAGGUAUUUGAAGAUGGUAUAAAUGAACCUGUGGCUUAUUGUGAAGUGGUGUCUAAGUGGGCUAUGAAUUGCAAUUACUUGGUGUCACCAAUCAAUGGAGUUGCAGAUUGCGGUGCAGGGGUAUUCACUGAUCAGAGAAGGUUAGAGAUGUCUGUUUUGGAGUUUAUUAGAUCUGGGACACAUCUUCAUGCUGAUGUUUUCAGAUCAUAUAGUUGGUCAGCAAAUGUGUUUGGCAAGAAGAAAUGGCUUUUUCUGCCUCAUCUGGAAUGUCAUCUUCUGUUUGACAGGUGGUUAUGCAGCUCUCCUCUAUUGAUUUGGCCUAGGGUUCGGGCCUGUGGUCUUGAUCCGCUAUCUGGCUGGAAUGCUUACCGGAACAGAAUUAAAUUAUCUUUGUGCCUAGCGGAUGGCAUGAAUUUUUAUGACCUCUGCUUCAUAUCACGCUUUUCAUUAGCCAAUUUGGUGGAACUAUUUUAUAUACAUAGUGAAUCAAAGUCCAAAAGUUCAGUCUGGCUUUGGUCUGCUGUGGUGCAGCAUUUAAACCUUGCAUCUAUACAGAAAAUAGCAUUAAAGAUGAUUUCUGAAGGUGGUGUGCAAGGAAAUCUGGAUUUGAGAAAACUUCUGAGAGAUCCUAAGUUUCUUAAACUUUUCACUGGUUUAGGCAGAAUAUAUGCAGUGAUCUACAAACAAGAGAAUUGGAGCUAUACUAUGAAGAAAGUUUUGAUGGCUGAUUUUGAGAAGUAUGGAUCAAAAAUUUGUAGUCUGACUCCUGAAGAUCUUGUUAAAUUUAUAGACUAUGCCCUUUCGAAACUUAGUUGCAAUGGCUCUGAACAAAACACUUUACUGUCUGUAUUAUAUGAUGCCCAGCCACAUCAGCAAAAUUAGCACAUUUUUUCCCCUCUA